CAAACAAGUAAACAAAACAGAGACAGUGACAGAAAAUGGAUGUGAUAUUAAAAUAUUUACACUUAAACAUUUAUUAAACGUUUGAAUUUCUAUGUGAUGAUAUACCAGAGUAAAAAAUAAUAAUCUAAGAUGUCUGUUGAUCGAGGAUUCACAUGGAUGGACGAUGAAACUUUAGCACUGAUUGAAAUAUUUUCGAAAGAAGAUAUACAAUAUGAACUUAAUUGUUUGAAAAGAAAUAUUGGGGUGUAUGGAAGAAUAGCCAGUGAAUUAGCUGAAGUUGGAUACAGACGUACAGCUUACCAGUGUCGGGAAAAAAUAAAAAGACUUCGAAAAGAGUACCAUUCAUCAAAACAUUGCAUUGAAAACAAUAUUACACCUAAGAAACCAAUGAAAUACUUCGACCUGGUUGAUAAAAUAUUUGAUCGAGAUUCAUCCUCACAAAUUAAUAAUGUCGAUUUAAAUCCAUUAAGUUCUGAUCAUGAAGAGGAGUUACAUUUAACUUUUAAUCAUGAGCAAGAAUCUGAUGCAUCUAAUAGUUGUGCCACUAUUGAAUUCGCAGCUUCUCAACUACCGGGAACAUCACGAUCAACAAAAGCUACUGGAGACACUGAUUCAGCUAUUUUGUGUAAAAAUAAGCAAAAAGAUGCAUCGACUGAAAAUCGUAAUGAUUGUGAAAACGUUUCUGUUUUAAAUAGUGCCCACUUAUAUGAUUUAUCUGAUAAAGACUCUCCAUUAGAUGAAAAUGAGUCACCAUGGGUUCCAAAUGUAGUUCUUAUUGAAAAUGAUUCUGAAAGUAUUGGAUUAGAUAACAAUAUUGAUGAAUCUAAAGACAAUAAUGCUGUAUUUAGUGAAGAAGAUCAAUUGCAAGAUUUCCAUGAUGUUUCACAAAGUGAAACUAUUUUUAAAGAUUCUGAAGAACCUCCAAAGAAAAAGAGAAAGACUGGGUCAAGCAAACAAUGGCUAAAAAAGAUGCUAGAUGAUGUUACUGAAACAUUUUUAAACUAUCAAGGAACUUCUGAAUCUCGUUUUAUAGAAAGAAUAACUCAUUUUGAACAAGAAAGAAUAAAAAGAGAUGAGAGUAUGCAAAAACUGUGGCUGGAAUUUGAAGAACGUCGUCGAAAAGAUGAGCAAGAACAUGAACUGAAAAUGCUUUCCCUUUUUGGUCAAUUUGUUAAGCAAAUUAAUAAUCCUGAAGUUAAAGAUUCAACAUAGCUGAUUCUAAGUCCCUUUGACAUUGUUCAUUUCUUAUACAUAUUUGUAUUGCAAUGUUAUAUAUAUUUGUACUGCAGUGUUAUCAAAUAUAGCUUUUGCAUUAUCAAAUUAAAAUCCACCAUGUAAUCUUUUUCUUUCUUUCGGCUACAAAUAAUAGAAUAGAAUUAAACAGGUGAAUAGGGGGAAAAAAUGGAUAAUUUCAUGACAAAUAGUUUGACUAAAUAGCAAAACCACUAGUACUUUAGUUUAUUAGGUGUCAAAAUGUAUUACUUGUAUUGCAGCCUUACAUGACAAAAUUUGCUAUCUCUUAUUAGUAUUAUUGUGAAAGUCUGUCCUCUUCUUACUUCUGCAUAUUUUCAGCUUCUAUAUUGACAGAAAAGAGAUAUUUUAUCCAAAAAUGCAUACAUAGUAAUAGCUGUAAUCUAACAAAAAAAAUCUUUAUUCCUUUUAAUAAUAUAUCUAUAUAUAUAUUUCUUUACAAAUAUGUGAUGCUAAUAGUUUCUUAUUGUUUUGUUAACAAUUUCAUUUUCCCCCAUUUAAGCUGUUAAAUACAUCAAUAAAAAUGCUUUAAAAGUCUUUCUUUUAUGUUAAUUAGAUAGCUUAACAUUACAUCUUAAGCAUAAGGUCAUUUUAAAUUUUUUUUAAUAAGUUAUGCUUAAAUUAUAUUGCAUUUCACAGUAGCAGGUAGAUUUAAUAGGGAACUAAGACUUAUACACACUUCAGUUGUGUUUAUAGAAAUGGAUGCUGUAAAUAAUAUUUAUACCCAGUUAAAAUUUUCUUAAAUUAUUCUAUUUUCUAAAAAGUUAAAAAAAUGACCCUAUUGUUCAUUUUUACCAGAUUAUUCUUUUGUUAUUUUAUUAAUA